ACCCCCCCGCAAUAAAUACGUCCAAAAGACUUACACCAUACCCCCGCAAUAAACCCCUUUGCUAAGACAAACGCUUAUAUCAACAGACGCACCACCAACCCUCAAAUCAUUCCUCUCUCUCAGAAUAUAGAAAAACGUAACCUAUAUGGCUAAUUAUCUCUCCAGCGCAUUGAAGUUGGUAAAAUCGUGUCUUCCGAUAGCAGACGCGUCGUCAUGGUACUGCGCCAUCGUGUUACUGGCCCUCAUCAUCCUCAUAGGCGGUUCAGUGGGGGAUCAAAAUCACUACGAUGAAGAAGCGGAAGGGGCGGCGGCGAGCCGGGGGAAGCUCAACCACCUCCGCCCCUGCGAUGAAAUAUAUGUAGUCGGAGAAGGCGAGACGCUGCACACGAUCAGCGAUAAGUGCGGCGACCCUUUCAUCGUGGAGCGGAAUCCUCAUAUCCACGAUCCCGAUGACGUCUUCCCUGGUCUUGUAAUAAAGAUCACGCCCAGUCCUUAUCCUUCCAUGCUCUAGUUACCUGCCUGCCUUUUUCUUUUUCUUUUUGAAGAAAAGUAUUCGAUCAUAUGCAUGUAUACAAAAUUACACAACAACCCUCAUAUAUAUACCUAUAUUACCUCUUCUUUUGCUUUAUAUAUGCCUGUGUGGUUGAAGAG